AUGUUGAUCAACAACAAGAACAACCAACAAACUUGCUCUUCAUCAAAUCGGAACAACAUGGUCAAUUCCUCCAUUUCAUUCAAUAACAAUCUCUCGACGACGACGACAAACACCGAUGAUCUUUCGAAUACGGAGAGGUUAUUUCGACAGGUAAAAUCGACUUCUAAAUUGUCAAAAAAUAGUAGUAGCAGCAACAUUCAAAUAUCACCACAAGCAAGCAGGUGCGAUUAUUCCGUUUUCGGACCCAAUGAAAUUGUAAAUACAAGACUGGAGCAACAUGAAAAUAAUUUUAAUAAUUUGUCACCGACCAGUCUUUUCAGUCCAUCAUCAGUAAAUAAUAAGGGAAGGCAACCUCAAAAUGAUCCCAACAACAUCAUGUCACCUGUGUUUGCAAAUCAACAAUUAGGUCAAGCCAAUAAUAAUAUGAAUAAUCUUUCUCUUGAGGAUGCUUGGCAUGAACGAAUGAAAGAAAUUCAAAGAGGCGUUCAUGUUUUUCACACUCUCUUUGAUGACCACACGAAUCCAAGAGGUGAUUCAAAAGCACAUGACGAAUCGAAUGAGAAUUCUCAAACAGAGAUGGAUUCACCUCCAGCACACUCCUCUCAAUCCAGACAAGGUUCGAAAAGUGCUGCGAAUACUGCUGAUCCAAAAUGUUUAUUUUCACCUCAACCUUACACUCCAUUCCCAAAGAAUGUGGUCAAUCUUCAAACACCAACUCCUUUCAGAAAACACUCGGGUGACAUUGAAAAAUACAAACCCCUCAUUAAUCGAGAACAAACUCCAGGUGGGGACUCUCCUUUCUUAGAUCAUUUUGGAAAGGAUAAUCAAGACGAUGGGAGUGACCCUUACUCAUACGACCAGCCAUGUUCUCCUUCGUUCCCAAUUUCCAAUGACAACGUUGUGACGACUGUCACUCCACAUGUUGUGAAAGACCAGAAUCAGCAACCAGUUGUGAGAGCCAUUACCACAGAACAAGAUUUGACAGCACCUACCAAGUUUCUCGUAAUGUCACCCCAAAAUUUUGAAGAACGAUUUAUCAAUUCGUUGGCAGAAAAACCAGAUGACGAGAAAAACAACAAGACUCCCAUCACCAACAAACAUUCUCACAAAACAACAAACAAAACAAAGAGCAUCUCAAAGGAAAGCCCAUCGAAUACUCAAUCAGAUAUUCACCAAAUGAAAGCUCAUGCCUGCCAAUUAUUGCAUGAAGGACUCUUACAGCAAGCGGUGGAGACAGCUCAGCAAUGCAAGCAACAAAUUUUGAAAAAUUACGGAAAUGAUAACGAACAUUUAAUUUAUAUAUUUAUUUUACUUGGUGAAUGCUACACGCAUCUUGCCAAAUUUAAAGAAGCAAAAACUUGCUUAUUGGAAGCAAAACGAAUCUUAGAUCGAAAGUUCAAUGCGAGAUCUGAAAAUCGAACGCUGGCUCUAUUCUGCAUUCAAAUUUUUAACGAUUUGGGAUAUUUAAUGAAACUGCAAGGAAAAUUCAAGUUAGCCAUAGAAAUGUAUCGAAAACACUUAAUGUUGAAACUCAAAUACUUUCCAAGCCAUUCGAAUGAAGUUGCUUCUGCCUAUAACCAGCUUGGAGUUGUUUACACAAUGGUUGGCUCCUUCGAUCUUGCGAUGGAGAGUCUCCACAGAGCCAAAAAAUUGAGAGAAGCUUUAUUUGGCCCUUCUCAUAUUGAAACAGCAACUGUCUAUAACAACAUUGGAAAUGUAUAUUUAUAUAAGGGAGAAUAUUUAUUGGCAUUAAAUUGCUACAAACAAGGAAAGGAAAUUAUUGAACAUUGUGGAAUGAUGGAACAUCCUGAUUUUGCAACCUCACUGGUCAAUAUGGCAACCAGUUUGAAAGGAUUGAAACAAUAUGAAGAGAGUUUAUUAUUGUACGAGAAAGCUCUCAAUAUUCGAGAGAAGAUUCUUGGAGAAUUUCACCAUUCGACCAUCUCUUGUUAUGUCAUGAUUGGAAAUUUGCAUUUAAGUGCUGGAAAUUUGAAACAAGCAGAAGAUUACAUUUCACAUGCAACCUCCAUACGUGAACAUGAUUGUGGUGUGAAUCAUGUGGAUACAGGAUUUUGUUAUCUCUCUAUGGGUAAUAUCAGACAACAAGCUGGUGAUUUUGAGGAGGCCCUUCACUAUUAUAACACUGUGAAGGACAUUUUCGAGGAACAUUUUGGAGAAAAACAUCCAGACACUCUGUUAGUCUAUGAAAAUAUGGCCUCUGUAUUAAUGAGUAUGGGAAAUGGAAAUGCUGCUCUGGAUUGGCUUUUUAAAGUUGUAAAUGCCCAGCAAGAACUUGCUCAACAUCCCUCCUUGGCCAUCCUUUUUAACACGAUUGGAAAUAUUUUAAGACAACAAGCAAGAAAUGAUGAAGCAUUUGAGUAUUAUCAAAAAGCUCGUUCCAUAUUCGAGAAAGUUUAUGGAUUUGAGCAUGAAUGGAAUGCUGUCAUUUAUACCAAUAUUGGGCACUUGUACUUUUCCUCAUUUCAAAACAAAACAAAUGAUGUAGAGAUGAUUAAGGCUCUGUCGAAAAUUCCAGGCAAAGGUUUGAAUCGAUCAUCGACGAUGAGUAUUCGUAGAAGUAGUAUUGGAAUGCUGUCACCCGAGGAAUCUCGCUCUUUCGUUCAAAACUUGAAAAUCAAUGAAACUCUCAAGUUCUACACUCAGGCAAAAUCCAUACGAGAGAGACUCUUUGGACCUCACCACAUGGAAACGGUCAAGUCCUAUCAGAAUUUAGCCAUUGUGUAUGCUGCCAUGAAGAAUUUCACACUUGCAUACCAAUACAUUGUUAAUUGCAAAAAGAUACAAGAAAUACACUUUCCAAAUCAGGAACCAGAAAUGAAGGAAACUUCACGAAUAAUGGCAGAAAUUGUGAGAGAGAGCGCUGGCAAAGUCAAUCGAAAGAGCAGUGGAGUUUUUAUUGCAAGCAGUCCAGCUCGAUCUAGAAACACUAAUAAUCAAACACACACCACAGCCUCUUCAUCCAGCAUGCUGGGAAAUCGUUCCUUACAUUCGCUUCUCGAGAAUAACAACACAUAUACCUGA